AUCUGUAGACAAUAGCAACGCGUCACUGUUCCGGAACCUUUGUUUACCUUUCGCUGCCGUGCUUCUGCCAGACUCCAAAAAUGCAGAACCAGUUGUUCAAACAAAUAGGACCUAACGCAAGAAAGAACUGGCCGUUUGUCGGUGAGGUCGUCUGCGUGCAGCUAAUGGGAGAUGGAAUUUUCCCUGUCCCUUUUCUCAAAGAGGCUUCCUAUUAUGACCUCGGUAGCGUCAUCGUUAAAGAAGCUCUCUCCCCUUUGGAAAAGCUCCGCCGUCGCGUGCCGGGAGCUAUGGCGAUAGGGCGGCUGUGUGAUUUUGUCCGACAAAAGGACUCAACCUUCCAGAUCAAGGACCUGAAACCUGUACCGGAGGAGAAAUCCACUCUGAAUCAGAACUACGUUUUCUCGGAGUCGAAUAUGCGAAAUGGACUGAAAAAGUCUAUAACUGUGGAAGUCAUAGGCUGUUACAAGCAGGCGUACCCCUCCCUUCCGGAAGUAAGCUCUCUCACGGUGGAUCUUCUAGAUAAAGGGUUUCAUCACCUGACCAAAUUUUACCUCAUUCACACGGUGUACUACGCUAAGUCGGUACGUAUCGAAGUGACUGUGGGUGAUAAAACGGAUCAAUAUCAGGUCAAUGAAGCAAUACCACUGGGCUUCAAACUGCGCAAGUAUCACUUUGGACCGGAGGGCAAGCUUACCAAGUACAAGGACAUAUCUGACCCCAACUGGACGGUAACAUGGAUAGAAAAGUCCAAAAUAAGGACUCCAAUGGAUCGACUUCCAAACAUCCCCGUUGACCACGAAGGGCAGAGCGAAGAUGAUGGUUACGUCACACUUCCAGGCGCACGUGCAGGUACUCGCGAUAGCUGAUUGGUGAAUUGAUCCCGUAGUAUAGAUCCUCGUCUUUGUCGUCACCGUAACUAUUAUGCUGCAAAUAAAUAUAACUGGUUUUAAUAAAGCGUCUUCUGAUGUAUGCAA